AUGAGUGUUACGACAGGUAAAGAUGGUCAAGUCCGGAGAGCACGAGUACAAACAGCCAAAGGUGUUCAAGAUAGACCGGCCAUCAAACUUGCCGUUCUAGACGUUAAGGCUAAAGAUUCACUCGGCUGGGCGGUGGUCCUUAAUUUUUUAGUGUACGUUACCCUGCCGGUGCUGCUGAAGUAUACCGGCAUCCUGCUGGGCCUGGGCUCAUUCGCAACCUACGUUAACGCCAUCAUCGGGCUGGCCAAGAAGGAGAACUUUUUCUGGGAACAGCAAAUUGCCAACAUCCUACUGCUGCUGGCGGCCACCGGAAUCGGACUGCUGUACUACUUCCUGGCCGAGUUCAAACAACGAAGAGCGUUUCUGGAAGCGAAACAAGGCCUAGAGGUGAAGAUGUUGAUCGAGGAGCAGUCGGCAGAACAGGUGAGUCCGAUGAUUGCCUUCUUCGAUGGA